GAUGUAAUCCGUAAGUCUUCCAUAGACAUUCGAUAAUCGCCGACGACCUCCGUAGAAAUACGGAAGAAUUUAUAUUACGUAAUAUAUCUAAAUAUCGUGUGACUUUAAACAACGGAGAAGGUUUAAGUUGGAUUUGGACAGCAAAGAGUAAGGAAAUGGAUGAACUAGGGAUCAGUGUUCGAGACAGGGGUGCGGACACCGGGUCCCUUGGUGUUAAAGGGAUGUAUAAUGGAGGUGGUGCUCUUCCGAUUCUGCCGAGCGACACAAAGGUUGAAAGCACUGAUACUAAAUUGAGAUUGGACACGCAACUCAGAGACACUAGUUGGAAUUUCUCUAAGACAAGGCCAUUGGUUGUUCCAGCCAGUCCUGAUAUCCAUGGCGCAUCUGGUGGUCAUUUCAAUAGGUCAUUCGAGUCGAAGACAGAGUUUUCCAAAUGCUUUGAUGCUGAUUUUGAUGAAAAAUUGGAAGAAAAAAGGACGGCAGAUCUAAAGGGAUUUGGAUAUGGGUCGUGCACAGAAUUGCAAACUAAGACCGGAAAAUAUGUACCCAUCUUGGAUGAUGAUGUCGAGUCGAUGAUAGAUUUGCGCGGUCGAGAUGUAAGCCCUUCAUUGACAGAUACUCUAAAGACCAUCGAAAAGAAACCACAGGCAGUUGAAAGCGAUGUUGUAGACAUACAUGGUUGCAAAAGUCAACAGUUCAUUUGUGUUGCCGGAAGAAUACAACCAAAUGAGACUCUUGCUGUUUCUGAACAAUUUCUGGACCUACCGACGCCGCAGGUAGUUACAGAGGACUUUUUUGUCAAAUCAAAAAAGGCAGACCCAGCAGAAAGCGGAUCUCUUCAGACCGAACCUGAGGAUGAACAUAUAACGCCAGCACAGAUCGAUGAAGCAGAAAUAAAAGGGGAUGAGUAUUACCUACCUGAGGAAGACGAGUCAGAUGAAUACAUUCCUAAAGUUGGGGAUAAGCUAGGAGAAGGAGGGCAAGGAACUGUCGUGCUGGGUCAACUUCCAGAAACAGGAGAGCUUGCUGCCAUCAAGCAGGUAUGGCUAUCCAAGGGUGAUGCGGCUUUGUUAAAGGAGUACGAAAUAGCUAUGGACUUGAAAAGGCAUCCUAACAUCAUCCAUGUAUAUAAAGCUGAAAGAAGAGGCGAUAACUUUUACACCUACAUGGAGUACAUGAAAGAUGGAGCAGUCAAUCAGUGGGAAUGGACAGCAGAACAAGUUGUUUACAUUCUUCAAGAAGUAUUGAAAGGACUCAUCCAUAUGCAUAGUUUAGGCAUAUUACACCGCGACAUCAAGGGUGAAAAUGUGUUGGUGUCCUUUGAUGGAGACAAGAACAAUAUCAAGAUUGCUGAUCUAGGUUCGGCGGUUUAUGCGCCUUGGAACGGGACUUGCUAUGCCGACGUCGUAGAUUAUGGCUUUCAAGGCACUGUGCCCUUCAUACCAAAAGAGGUGGCUUCGAAACAUCAGUUCAGCACAGCUAGCGACAUCUGGGCUGUGGGAUGUCUUGGGAUUGAAUUGUUGACAGGCGAGUUACCGUGGAGUGAUUGUAAACUGAGAAACACUGGCGCUCUUCUUUUUAAGAUUGGCAUGACGGACACGCCGCCACCACUUCCGCCUGAUAUUGAUAUCCCCGAGCACCUGAAGGACUUCCUGCUCCAGUGCCUGCAGAUUGAUCCUCGUGACCGUCCUUCCGCAAGCGAACUCGUUCAACACGCAGUCUUCGCAGGAGAUCCGGAAGAAUAAAAAAAAGAACUAAAAAAAUAUAUAAAGUGAAUUCGGACUUGGAAUUAAAUCUUUUGUUAUUGAACGAAGUCAAGAUGAGACUAGUUCGGACCUAGAAAUGUGAAGUAGAUUUAAUUUGUUUCUGUACUCUGUUUCUGUUUUAGUUAAUCAUGUUUUGUAUGAAUGAAGCAUUAGACUAACAAUUGUUGCAAUUUUGAAUAUAUGUAUAUCGAGAGCUUAUAAAAUAGAUAUGUUGGUGUUAUUUUCCGAACAGCUGUUGUAUUUGAAUAAACAUGUAUGUGUAGGAGUGCUAAGGUCGAUCUCACUUAAAUACUUGACUCUUAUCUGACUAAUAUUACCAUUGUUAUCAGAUUGAUGAUUAAGUGUUAUCCAUAGAGGCUGCAUCCUGUAUUUCAUAAAUGUAGAGCUCAGACAUAUUAAACUUUUCGAGUAAAAAUGAUGUAGGUCGUGAUUUAAAUUCCUUGUAUUUGUUUAUUUUGGUAUAUCUGCAUAUCAUUUAUCAAUACAGUACACGAUUGUUUUCACUACUUAAUUCUGGUAGUUUGUUAAAAAUUCCCGAUACCAUUUGACACCAACUAUUGUUGAUGAAUUUAAGCAAUGUGAUGACAUGAAAGUAUUUGUAAUUUAGUUCUUUUUCAGUAUAUCAGCAUAUAUCCUUUAUCAAUACAGUACACGAUUAUUUUAAAUACUGAAUUCUGGAAGUUUGUUAAAAAUCCUUGAGCACCAUUUUACCCCAAAUAUUGUUAAUAAAUUUGAUGAAAUGAAAGUUAUUGCAAUAUAGUAAUUAUUAUUAUGUAUAACUAUUUUCUACUAUUAUUAUAUAUUAUGUAAUAUUGUUUGUUUGUAUGUUUGAGAAUGGACGUAUUAAUCGGAUUUAAUAAGAUAUCAUUUUAUAUAACUUGAAAGUUUGUGAAUAAAAUUAAGAACGAAG